CUCCUCUGGUUCUCUCUCUCCAUGCAAAACCCUGCACGUAGCAGCAUUAGCCGUGAGAGAUGAGUCCAGAACCACACUAUUAGGAUCGUCACGGUUAUUAUCUUCUUUAUAUUCAUAGGACGCCCGUCGUUGCCUGUCUUUCUCCAUCUCCAUCUGAGCCUCUUUCUCCUCCUCCGUCUAUCAAAACCUUAGCCAGGGUCAAGAUGGCAUUUUCUCUUUCAGGGAUCCGGAUCCCUGCUUCCAUCCAGACCGUCGGACCUUCAUCCCGAUCGAGUAUCAACGGUGAUCGGAAGAACACGAAUCUCUCUCUACUGAAGAAGGAUCCUCUCUCUUGGAAGAUUUUUGCUGGAAAGUCGUCUUAUGAUGCUGAUUCUGCAUCUACAACGGUAGCAGCGUCUGAGAAGGUUCUCGUUCCAGGUGGGGAAAGUGAUGGAUUUUCAUCGUCUACAGAUACUGUGGAAAGGCUAAAAACUACUUCUGAAGAUAGCCAGGUACUUGAAGAAGUUGUUGGGUUGCCCGUAGAAGAUGAUGGCAAGAUUGAGGAUGAACAAGAAUCUUUUACUUCACAACUCGCGGUUGAUGAUGUGCUAGAUUCUGUUCCUGCAAAAACCAUGGAAGGUGAUGGUGAGGCUGAAGUAAAGCAAAGAUCUAUUCUUCCACCUGGUACUGGACAGAAAAUAUAUGAAAUUGAUCCUCUUUUAAGAGGUUUUAAAGGACAUCUUGAUUAUCGAUAUAAUCAGUAUAGGAAUAUGCGUGAGCAGAUUGAUAAGUUUGAAGGUGGUUUGGAAGCAUUUUCUCGUGGGUAUGAAAAGUUUGGCUUCAUCCGCAGCCAGACAGGUAUAACAUACAGAGAAUGGGCACCUGGAGCAAAGUUUGCGUCAUUGAUAGGAGAUUUUAACAACUGGAAUCCAAAUGCAGACAUUAUGACAAGGAAUGAGUUUGGUGUAUGGGAGAUUUUUUUGCCAAACAAUGCUGAUGGCUCACCACCUAUUCCCCAUGGAUCUCGAGUAAAGAUUCACAUGGAUACUCCAUCUGGUUUCAAAGAUUCUAUCCCUGCUUGGAUCAAGUUUUCUGUACAGGCUCCUGGUGAAAUUCCAUACAAUGGCAUAUAUUAUGAUCCUCCAGAAGAGGAAAAGUAUGUAUUCGAACAUCCUCAACCAAAACGACCCAAAUCACUGCGGAUUUACGAGUCACAUGUUGGAAUGAGUAGUCCGGAGCCAAAGAUCAACACAUACGUUGCAUUUAGAGAUGAUGUACUUCCUCGUAUUAAAAAGCUUGGAUACAAUGCUGUCCAGAUUAUGGCCAUUCAGGAGCAUUCAUAUUAUGGAAGCUUUGGGUACCAUGUUACCAAUUUUUUUGCAUCUAGUAGCCGUUUUGGAACUCCGGAUGAACUCAAGUCAUUGAUUGACAAAGCGCAUGAACUUGGAAUUCUUGUUCUCAUGGAUAUAGUGCACAGCCAUGCAUCAAACAAUGUGUUGGAUGGGUUGAAUAUGUUUGAUGGAACAGAUGGUCACUACUUCCAUUCUGGAUCACGAGGCCAUCAUUGGCUGUGGGAUUCUCGCCUUUUCAACUAUGGAAGUUGGGAAGUCCUGAGAUUUCUUCUUUCAAAUGCAAGAUGGUGGCUGGAUGAAUAUAAGUUUGAUGGGUUCAGAUUUGAUGGUGUAACUUCAAUGAUGUACACUCACCAUGGGUUGCAGGUUGGAUUCACUGGAAACUAUAAUGAGUACUUUGGGUUAGCAACUGAUGUGGAUGCAGUGGUUUAUUUGAUGCUAGUUAAUGACCUCAUUCAUGGGCUGUUCCCUGAGGCUGUUACUGUUGGUGAAGAUGUCAGUGGAAUGCCAACUUUCUGCAUACCUGUUCAAGAUGGUGGUGUAGGAUUUGAUUAUCGCCUCCAUAUGGCUGUUGCUGACAAAUGGAUUGAAAUUCUUAAGCAAAAGGAUGAGGAUUGGAAAAUGGGUGACAUUGUUUACACACUUACAAAUAGAAGGUGGGGAGAGAAAUGCGUCGCAUAUGCUGAAAGUCAUGAUCAAGCUCUUGUUGGUGACAAAACUAUUGCAUUCUGGCUGAUGGACAAGGAUAUGUAUGAAUUCAUGGCCGUGGAUAAACCAUCAACUCCUAGAAUAGAUCGUGGAAUAUCUCUCCACAAAAUGAUCAGACUUGUCACAAUGGGGCUAGGUGGAGAAGGAUAUCUCAAUUUCAUGGGAAAUGAAUUUGGACAUCCAGAAUGGGUUGAUUUUCCAAGGGGUGAGCAACGUCUUCCAAAUGGGACAGUAAUUCCUGGAAACAACAACAGCUAUGAUAAAUGUCGGCGUAGAUUUGACCUCGGUGAUGCUAAUUAUCUAAGAUAUCAUGGGAUGCAAGAAUUUGAUCAGGCAAUGCAGCAUCUGGAGGAGGCCUAUGGUGUGCCCUAUAUCCCAAAGCCUAAGUUUCCACUGUACUCAACUGGUUACCUUAAAUAUUGCUGCAUAUGACCUUAUUAGCUCUUCAAGGCCCCUGGAUGAAACAGUUUUAACUUCAUUCACCAAUCACACAAUUCUAACAUGUGUGAUUCAUAUGCCUUGGACAGGAAACUCAGUGUUUAGAGUCGCAUAUAAACAACACAUUCUACUACCUAGGGAACAAGGACAUUCCUUCUUCUUCUUCUUUUCUUCUUUUUCAAAAUUUUUUGUCUCAACACAUGUCCAUGUCCAUAGUCUCAGAAUCUCAGAAUUUUUCAUGGGUAUUCCAACUUAUUCAAGAAAUUGGUCGGUUCCAACAAAACUCAAGAUCAUUAAAGGAUUACUAUUCGACGCUUCGGGGUAUGUGGGUUGAGUUGGAUAUGUAUCAGCCUCUUCCUUCCAAAUGUAAAGAGGAUCAUGAACAUGCCCAUAAGCAACAGGAUGAUAUUCGUAUCGUGUAGUUCCUAGCUGGGUUGAAUUCUGAUUAUUUUCAUGUUCGGGAUUAGAUUGUUAUGCAGGAUCCUCUUCCCUCAUUAACGACAGUCUAUGCCAUGUGUCAGCGUGCUACUGUCUCUACUCUUCCUUCUCAUCUUUCCCAAACUCUUCUCCUUCUCUCUCAAUCUUCUCCUCUUUUCUUCACAUAGCUCAUAAAAAAGAACGGUUUUAUGUUUAAAUGUUAUCAUCUUUUAUUUUUGAUACACUUUUUUACAUAUAAUAUAAUUGAUUUGUAGGUGAAUUCUUAUUUUUCGUUUUUGGGAUUUUUUACAUAUAAAAUACUAUUUACCAUUGCAAUAUAAUUUUAUUGUGUUAGAGAUUUGUGUGGACCUCUCAGCAUAUCUGACUUUUUAAACCACCAUGUUCAUGUCCAAGUUAAUGGUGGCCAACUACCAAUAAUGUAUGCUAUCCUGUUAUUAGGCGCUGAACUAUUGAGAUAAUCUUAGCUAUGGAUGUGAGUUCUCGUCUAGUAUGGACUCUCGAGCCUAUUUAUUACAUCUCCUCUCAGACUCUAAUGUGCCACCUAGCACUGCAAUCCUGGCACUUGGAGCUGUAUGACUCAGAUAGGUUUCAAUGAAAAGAAAAAAACACUAGACUAAAUUAAACAGGCUUUUGGGGCCACAUACAUUGAAAUCUUUAUGCUUUAGGUAUCCAAUGUGGAUAAACCACUAUCACUGUCAAUGCUGAAAACCCUCAUCUCAUGUGUAAACAUGUAGAUUCCCAGACUUUAGCUUUUAGAAGGGCUUUUAGGACAUCACAGUGAGGAAGCUGUAUUGGAUGUUGGGAGUAAAUACGUAGUCCCUUUUGCCUUUUGGAUUGACCAAGAUGUCAAUGUAACUUCAUCCCCAGACCUUCAAAUUUACAUCUAAAAUCAGUAAAGCCACCAAGAUAUUGUGCUCAUUAUAUGUUCCAUGUGUUCAUCUAAGUGUUCAGUUUAUAUUCGUAAGGGAGCUAGUUAGGUGUUUCUGCUUUUUGGGGGAAGGCUUGAUUUGUGCAGUUUCUGUGAAAAGCAUUUGCCAGAAUUGACAGCAGACUGAUGUUAAUAAUUUUAUCAUGCAUAAGGUUGUUUUUGUUCAAUUUUAGGCUGUUUUCGAUAUAGUAAUGAAAUCUUCUCUGGAUCUGUUUUUUUAAUAUGAACACUUGGAAGCAAUUUAUCA